AUGUCCACCAACAGCCAGUUAUUCACCAACGACCCCUUGUCCUCGUGCAACAACAACAACAACAAUAACAAUAACAACAACAACAACAACGACAACAACAACAACAACACGGUCUCCACCAAUGACGAGAGUUCCUCCUCAACCAACCCAAUCAUAGAGCAAGCUUGUGAUUCUUGUCGAAAACGCAAACUCAAGUGCUCCAAAGAAUACCCUCGUUGCUCAAAAUGUAUCCAACACAAAUGGUGUUGUUCAUAUUCACCAAGAACAGUGAGACUGCCAUUGACUAGGGCUCAUUUGACUGAAGUAGAAACAAAAUUGAGUAAAAUGGAGGACAUUUUCCAUCACUUGUUGCCAGAAUACGACUUGGAUGACGUUUUAAACAAUUUUGCCAAUUUCGAAGAACGAUUAAAGCCCGCAAAGGAUAGAUUGAGUGAGGGAAAUGAUGGGAGCAAGAUGAAUUUCAAUCAGGCCUCCACACAUACUGAAUUUGACCAACUCGUAAAGAGAGAGUUUGACAAUUACAGAUUACAACAACGUCAACAGGUACAACAGCGCCUCCCACAGGCGCAAUCACAAACCCCCCCACAAGCACCGCCACCACCACCAACUCCACAAGCUCCUCCACCACAACACCAAAACAUGUCAAUACCUAGGAAACGCUCGUCUUGUUAUGGGUUCCCAACCCAACCCCACUCGCUAGCUCAAUCGCCAAUCUACGAGGACGAAUUGUUUUCAACUUUUCCACUUCAGCAAUCAAAAUCACAUCCUGUUGAAUCCCAGUUUGACUUUUCAAUUGACAAAUCGAAACUAAAACAAGAGAUUAUUGAUGAUUUCCUUUUGAAUAACAUUCCCACCAAUUGCUCCUCCAGCAACUCCGUUCCAAACUCACUAUUCAACAAGAACACCACUAGAUUGAGUAGCCACAAUCUGUCAAAAAAGCUCCAUAAUGACUUAUCAUCUUACCUCACCACCAACGAAAACAGUUUAUUAACAUCACCUUCCUCAAUACUAAGUCUAAACUCAAUGAACAAUGAGGACCUUGAUACAAUUCCAAGCAAUAAAAAAGUGAAACUCGAGAAGGAUGAAUUUUAUGGACCAGAAGUAAACAUUAUGCCAAUGGACAAUGCCAAUAGCGGCAACUGGCUUUCGCUUGACUUUUAA